AUGCCGGCUUUUUCAGCCUUUCGAAGGUCCGAUGAUGCUUCAUCAUACUCCACACCAGCAAGGCGACACUCCGAUAUUUCUGCGAUCGAUUUCGAUAUUCCAUCUCCGCUCCCGGCUGGCCAGUCACGAGCUCCAGGUCCAGACCUUUCUGGAUUCGAUUCUGUCAGAGCUACUCCGAGAAGUGCUGGGAGACAGAUGUGGCCUUAUGAACAGGAGUCAUCGGAAUCAGAUUUGGGAUUUUUUCAUCCACAACCGUCACGUCUGGAUGAGACGCGGAUGACGAGUGAUGAAGUUUUUGAUUAUGCUGAUAUCCACGGUUUCGUGUUCUUAAAAAAUGAGCGAAAAAAGACAACAGAUAGAGUGCAUCAUAAUAAAGUGGACUGGUCAUUCAUCCAUGCAGCCUCAACUACAACAGCCACAGAAAGAUUGCUGACUGUCUGGGUGCAUCUGGGACAUGAAGGCAACUACGAGAAAACAUCAGCUGAUCAAAGUAUGGCCGAUGACGAAGGCAACCAUCCAGAAGUGUCGUUUACUGGAAGUGCAAAUGAAGAAUUUGUGGCGCCUCAUGAAUUGUGGGAUCCAGUUCGGCAAAGAAUCCGAGGGACGCCAAUGCCUCGUUCGGCACGACAACGAUUUUUUGCCUCACCAGAUUCCAACGUUUCUACUCCAGAAAGCUACCGUUAUCGACCGGGAUCUGGACUCCUAGAACGAAUCCCAUCCUCUUCUCUCAGACCUCGUUCGCCAAACCGAGGCAGGAGAAUGGAUUUAGUUACGUUAGACAGAAGAGAUGGAAGCUUCCUGGGACACUACCUGCCGGAAGAUGCAUCACCGCAAUAUGGAGAUGAAUUAGUUGAUGAAGACGGGGAGAGUGACGGAUUAGAAGCGAUGGAGCCGCUACUUUACGAUACGGUGUGA